AUGGAUCCAGUAGCACAGUCACUCAAGGAUGCGCCUGCCUUGAUUCUCGACGGGGCCAUGGCCACAGAGCUGGAAGCUCGUGGACUUGAUCUUAGCUCAAAGUUGUGGUCUGCUAAAGCUCUGGAAGAGACACCCGAGGCUAUCUACGGCGUACAUCUUGAGUACUUCCAAGCUGGUGCUGAUGUUGCCAUCACUGCAAGCUACCAAGCAACCCCUCUUGGUCUAUCUCAACACCUAGGCAUGAGCCUUGAGCAGUCUCAGAAACUCAUACGUCAAAGCGUAGAGCUUGCUCAACAAGCUCGUGACACUGUCCUCCAGGAGGAGCACCAGAAGAAACCCUCCGCUCAGCCAAGGAAGCUUCUGAUUGCAGGAAGUGUCGGGCCUUACGGUGCUUUCCUCGCCAAUGGAAGUGAAUACAGAGGCGACUACCACCUGUCAGAUGACGAGUUCAAAGACUUCCACCGACCUCGCAUUGAAGCUCUGGUGGCAGCCAAUGUAGACAUUCUGGCUUUGGAGACUAUUCCAUCCCUGCCGGAAAUUAAGGCUCUGAUCAAACUGCUCGAGACCGACUUCCCAAACACACCCGCCUGGCUGGGUGUCACACUGAGGGAGUCGGACGCAUCUCUCCUGAGUGACGGCUCGUCAAUGGCUGAGGUAGUCAAGCUGGUCAAUGCUUGUAAACAAAUGGUCUCUGUCGGCGUCAACUGUAUUCCCGAGCAGAAUGUAGCCGCAGCAUUGGAUUAUCUUAAGCCUCUGACCGACAAGCCUCUGAUUGUGUACCCGAACUCUGGCGAGACAUGGAACGCCGAAGCCCGGAUGUGGAAUGGUCCACGCGUGGAGGGCAAGGAGCAUGCUGAGCUGGUUCGAGAAUGGUUCUCCAAGGGCGCGAGAGUGAUUGGAGGGUGCUGCCGCACCGGCCCCAAGGACAUCCAGAACACCCGCGAUACCAUCGCGUCUCUAUAA